AUGGCAUUCUCAUCUUCCUUGUGGUCUUCUCUCUUCAUUCCAAAUCCCAACAGAAAUAACCGUUUCUCCACAUUUUCUCCCGCCACUCCCAAACUCUCAACAACCACAUUCGCCAUCCCUCCCCUCUCAACCGCCACCGCCGCCGACGUCACCGGCGCAAUCGACGGCACAACAAUCGCCGUCGUAAGCGGAGGCUUCGUCGCCGGUCUCACCGCGCUACUCUCCCUAACAGACCCCGAGCGCCGGCGGCGCGAACAGGCGGAGGAAGUUGGCGGAGACGAUAAGGAAGUUGUGAAGGAGUAUUUUAAUAAUAAUGGAUUUCAACGGUGGAAGAAGAUUUAUGGAGAUACUGAUGAUGUUAAUAGAGUUCAGAGGGAUAUUAGGUUGGGGCAUUCGAAGACGGUGGAGAAUGCGCUGCAGAUGCUGAAGGAGGAAGGUUCGCUUGAAGGUGUUUCUAUUUGUGAUGCUGGAUGUGGGACUGGUUCUCUGUCGAUUCCGUUGGCUAAGGAAGGGGCUGUUGUGUGUGCUAGUGAUAUUUCUGCUGCUAUGGUCGCUGAAGCCGAGAAACAGGCUAAAGAACAACUUGCGUCAUCUGUGAUGCCAAAGUUUGUGGUGAGUGACUUAGAGAGUUUGGAUGGAUUGUACGAUACAGUGGUGUGCCUCGAUGUUAUGAUUCAUUACCCUCAGAGUAAAGCGGAUGGGAUGAUUGCUCAUCUUGCUUCUUUGGCAGAAAAGCGAUUGGUUCUGAGCUUUGCACCUAAGACAUUUUAUUAUGAUGCACUGAAGAGGGUUGGAGAGUUGUUCCCUGGGCCUUCCAAGGCAACCAGGGCAUAUCUUCAUUCUGAAGCAGAUGUUGAAAGGGCAUUGCGCAAGGUUGGGUGGACGAUAAAGAAGAGAGGCUUAAUUGCUACUCAAUUUUACUUUGCCAAGCUUAUCGAGGCUGUUCCUAUGUAG